AUGUUACAUCAAUGUCCACGAUAUGGGGUGUCACGAUACAAACAGAAACAUAGUGAGUUUGAAUCUGAUAGUAAGGGUCUGCCGGCGAAAGUUUUGUGGUAUCUUCCUGUAGUUCCACGGUUGAAACGUUUAUUCAGCAAUGCAAAUGAUGCAAAACUCAUGAGAUGGCAUGCAGAUGGACGUACAACAGAUGGUCAUUUGAGACAUCCGGCAGAUGGUUUGCAAUGGAAGAAAAUUGAUUCCAUGUUCCCAAAUUUCUCCAAUGAUUCAAGGAACAUUAGAUCUGGACUUGCUACAGAUGGAAUGAAUCCAUAUGGAAACGACAUUGAUAUUUAUUUAACCCCAUUAGUUGAAGAUUUGAAGAUGUUAUGGGAGGAGGGUGUUGAUAUGUUUGAUGGGUACACUAGUGAUUCAUUCAAAUUGCAUGCCAUGUUAUUUUGUACAAUCAACGACUUUCCAGCAUAUGGUAAUUUAAGUGGAUAUAGCACUAAGGAUCACAAAGCAUGCCCUAUAUGUGAAGAAGGCACAUGUCACCAUCAACUACAACAUGGAAGGAAAACAAUAUACCUUAGACAUCGGAGAUUUCUUAGUACAAACCAUCCAUAUCGUAAAUUGAAGAAAGCAUUUAAUGGGUGUCAAGAAAAUGAAUUAGCUCCAAUGGUUUUAAGUGGGUCACAAGUAUAUGAGCGUGUGAAAGACAUUAGGGAUGUGUUUGGAAAGAUGAAAAAUAAAGGCACUUUUGGAAGGUCAAUUUUCUUUGAUCUCCCAUAUUGGAAGGUGCUUGAUGUGAGACAUUGUAUAGAUGUUAUGCAUGUAGAGAAAAAUGUGUGUGAUAGUAUUAUCGGAACACUCCUCAAUAUUCAAGGCAAGACAAAAGAUGGUCUAAAUGCUCGUUUGGACUUAGUUGAAAUGGGUAUAAGAGAACAAUUAGCUCCACAAUCACAUGGUAAGCGAACAUACUUGCCUCCAGCAUGUCACACAUUGUCUAAACAAGAGAAGAGAAGUUUUUGUGAGAUUUUACAAGGUGUGAAAGUUCCACUAGGUUACUCUUCCAAUUUUGUAUCCAUGAAAGAUCUAAAAUUACUUGGGUUAAAAUCUCAUGAUUGUCAUGUAUUGAUGCAACAACUUCUACCCGUGGCUAUUCGAGGCAUAUUGCCUAAGAAUGUUAGAUAUACCUUAACAAGAUUGUGCUUCUUUUUUAAUGCAAUAUGUAGUAAGGUUAUAGAUAUUGAGAAGUUGGAUCAGUUAGAAAAUGAGGCUGUACUCAUAUUGUGUCAGUUGGAGAUGUACUUUCCUCCAUCAUUCUUUCAUAUUAUGGUCCAUCUGAUUAUUCAUUUAGUCCGAGAAGUUAGAAUUUGUGGUUCAGUAUUCUUACGAUGGAUGUACCCUAUUGAGCGAUACAUCAAGAUAUUGAAAGGGUAUGUAAAGAACCAAUAUCGUCCAGAAGCAUCAAUUGUUGAAAGAUAUAUUGCAGAGGAAGCUAUUGAGUUCUGUACAGACUACUUAUCACAAGUUGAAGCUAUAGGGGUAACGAAGUCUUGUUACCAUGGAAUAGGUGCUGGUAAGGAUAUUUGGGUAAUAGAUUACACAAGUUUCAGAGUACCUAUUUUUAAAUGUAAGUGGGUUGAUGGUAAUACUGGCGUGAAGAUUGAUGAUCUAGGUUUUACCUUGGUUGACCUAGAAAAGGAAGGUUAUACUAAAGAGCCAUUCAUCAUGGCAUCUCAAGCAAAACAGGUGUUUUAUGUCACUGAUCCCGCUAACAAAAGAUGGUCAGUGGUUCUCCAAGGCAAAACCAUACAUUAUACUGAUUUCAAUGAUGAAUUGAUACUUGAUAUUAGUGAAACUCCAUCCUUCUCAUCAAAUAUGCCGACCUUGAAUGUCGACAAUGAAGUAAAUGAUGUUCAUGCCGUACGUGAUGACCACAAUGAAGGGUUGUGGGAGAACAUUCUAACUUGA